AGGCGGGGCGACGUCGCUGGCUGGGUUCGGGGUCGGCAAGAUGGCGGCGGAGCAGUUGGGCGGUAUCUCUAGCGUGGACAUCGACCCCGACGGCGUCUUCAAGUACGUGCUGAUCCGCGUGCGGCCGGCGGGGGGCCAGGGGCCCGCCAGGGACAUCGUGCGGGGCCACGCCUGGGCCGAGUACCACGCUGAUAUUUAUGACAAGACUGCGGCAGAAAUCAAGAAGCAAGGCUACGACUGCGAGUGCUUGGGUGGGGGCAGGAUCUCCCACCAGAGCAAGGAGAAGAAGAUCCACAUUUAUGGAUAUUCUGUGGGCUUUGGUCGAGCAAAACACUCUGUGUCCACAAAGAUCCUGAAAGACGAGUAUCCAGACUAUGCGGUCACCUGGGCUGAUGAAGGCUAUUGACCUGGCUCUACUCCGACAGCAGCAGACAUCGCUCCCUCUUCCUAGGACUGAGAAGCCCAGGUCAUUGGCUGGGCUUGUGGGAGCAGAGCCUGCACUGGCCAGUGCGCUGGAGCUGCCUGGGCUCCACUGGGUUUCCUUAUGUCUGAAGCUUCAUGGAUGAUGCGAGUUCAUUCUGCUGGGAAGCUUCUGACAGGAGAGGGACGAGCCUAGAGCAUGGGGAAUUCACCAGCCUCCACACCCUUUGGAUCCAUGAAUUGUCUCAGCGCUGUAGUCUUGAGCUGCAACUGGCGAAGGGGCAGCAAAGCCUGUUGUGGAAAUCCUGGCCCCAGUGAAACUGGAGGGUUGCCAUUGAUCUCAGUGGAGCCAGGACUUCUCCCUGAAUGUUUACAGUGAAAAUAAAACAGUAUCUUUAAGUUUACAA